UGAAAACUCGAUUUAACCAACAUCAUGUCACGAUAUUAUGGUACAUGAUUAAUGUCGAGACAAACUGUUGUCUGACCCUCGACCCCCUUUUUUUCUCUCUCUCGAAAUACAGGUAGAUUUUCGUUAUCUAUCGCGGCGAGUAAAAAUAGCGGACAGUGUUGUCAAUAUUGUUUUGUCCGAGGAUACGGUGAAGGCGAGACUUGGAGUCUGUAUUUGCCCUGUGACAUGAUGUGAUAUUCUUCUUAAGGAUGCUGGGUCCAGUGUUGCUCUGGACAGUGAUUUUCCCGGUGACCGCGGGGUUCAUGACCCGGUUCACGUGUGAUUUAGGAGCGGACUGCGCUACGGGAGAUAAAUUGGAAUGCAAGACGAAAUAUUUAGACGAAAUGGAUGAUGAAGAAAUGUGGGAAUGGACUGAUGAUUUUGGACCAUCAGAACCAACUGCGUUACAAUCUACAGUCAACCGUAACGGUGACGUCACAGAUUUUACCCUUCAUUGGAGAGGACCUGACGAUUCUUCGAUUCGGGAUCUCCAAGGCUUUCAGAUCGAGUUUGAGGAUGGAGAUAUAUUUCAUAAUUUUGUUAUGGAUCUUCGAGGAAAUGAUGCCGUCUUUCAGAGAGUCAACGCCACGGAGAUAAAGUUCCAUUUGACGUGUUUUUAUAACAAUCCCUUCUCAGAAGCCGUGACUCUGCGGGUGGAUGUCACAAGUUUACCCAAGAGCCUUGGUUUAACAGACAAGGUCAUCAGGGACAACAUUUCGAUUUAUAUCCCAAAAUAUGGGUCUUCAGACAUUUCGAGAAAUUCAUUCAUUCCUAGCGCUAAUCUGGUAGAAUCUGGAGAAACUGCGGUGGCAGAAGGAACCGGAAUAAUUCCAUUUGUCAUACUGGCUGUGGUUCUAGCUUUUAUCGUCAUUCUAGGGAUUCCUUUAUUUCUAAAGUUGAAAGGCAUAGAAACAUGUCAGGAAAUUAGAAAACUAGAAAAAAGAUCAAAUCAAGCUCACUAUGCAGUUCCAGAAAUUGCUGAAGAAGAUGUGGAUGACAGUGAGAAUCCCAAAGUUAUGACUCCAAAGAAAAUUGGUAUAACAGAGGAAACUCAAAAACGAUUAUGUCAGGAAGUCUGCGUUCCCUUCAUUGUCGAAUACGAAACUAUGACGUCACUUCCGCAUUAUGAACCCUGCUACCAUCACCUGGACAGUUAUGACUCUGGAUUUCAUUCAGACUGCAGAGUACCUUUGGCUGAUGAUUCAGAAGAAAAAUGUGAAACAGAGAAAGAAGUGACAAAAUCUGAAAAACAAGAAUUGUUAUCAGGGACCGAUGGUGAGAAAACGAGAGGCAGUGUCGGGGGUCCGCGGUUGUCAUGGUUUCAUGCACCGCCAUCAGAGGCCGAAUCAUUGACGUCACUAGUGUCCGAGGACCUGGAGAGGGAAAUUCUAAGGAUAAAUAAGUUUGCCGGGGAAAAUGGUGAAAAAACUUGAUGAUUUAGUAACUCGUCCAGAAUAGUUACUUUUCACAGUACCUAAAUACGUUACAAGUCCAUGUUAAAAUACGUCGGGUGCUUUUGUAGGUUCAGCGUGGAUUUUGAAAUUAACAACACGUCUGUUAUUUUGUGAGGAGAUGAUCUCAAUUCACUACUGUCGUUCUAUCCGUGUGUUCGUUUCAUCUGUGUUAUUUAUUCCUUGUUGAGGUGUACAGACAUAGAACAGAACUAUUAGAAUAUACCAGAUAUGCAUACGUUUUUAAUUUAUUUAUAAUCUGUAUUUUCAUGUUGAGAGUGAUUUACAUACACAUAUAUUUGAAACAUUUGUUUAUCACAUGAUUGUAUACUAAAGAGGUACAUGUAUAUAUGGCGCAUCACUACAGCGAAACUAUAAACCAUGGUGUUGCAUAUUGAUCACGCAUUGUUACAAUGUAUUUGUGUCUAUGUUCCUGUUUUUCCUUAUUAUUUGAUAUCAAACUACGACACAUUGAUGACAUGAUCAUGACGUCAGAUCUCACUCUCCUUAAUCAUCAUAUUCACAAACAUAUUUAUGGUAUACGUAAUUCCAAUGGUUUCAGUUUUAGCUGACCAGUUUCUUAUGUUUCCAGUGUAAAAUAAAAGAUGUUUUCGUAUCUUAAUUGAAUUGAUAUGGAUUUUUUAUUCAA